GACUUUCUUUUAACCUAUAAUCUAUGAAUGUUGGUAUUCUUUAUCAUCAAAAGCUUAUUUGAGCCUCAUUGUUGUAUAAUCGGAGAAGCAAUACUUAUUUUCUUUCUUGUAUCUAGAAUAAACUGUUGUGUUUAGUGUUAAUACAAUAUUUCUUAGGGACUGCUUUGCAGUGGUGUAUAUGGUAAACGGCCAAUUGAGAAAUCUCAUGGAAAUAUGUGGCGGCAUUUAGGAGGUUGAGUUGGUUAUUAUAAUGGGUACGGGGUAAUAAUAGUUUUUGUUUGGGGAUGACUAUUUUAGUCCAGUAGUAAACAAUGAACAUUGUAACAAAAAAAGUGAUUUCAAACAUUAUUAUUGUAGUUAAGUGAUAGUUGGAAAUAUCGACUAUUUUAAUUGGAAGCUUAAUACUGAGCGGACUAUUAUAGUUCACUGCCCCAAGACGAAGUUGGGAGCGUAAACAAUCCCCAAGUGCUGAUGACUCGGUCAAUUUGUGGCCAAAGCUAGAUGAAAUAAACUUAUGCAUUUUCAGCCUCUGACAAGGGAAUCCAAAUAUAGAAGAUCAUUCUUUUUCUUGAUUUGAUGGAUAGAGAUUGAUAGAUCCCACCAGUGAAUGGACAUGCCAAUAACAAUUCAUGAAUUAAAAUUGAGUGCUACUUUGUCUGAAGAUAGGAUUACAAAGCAUUUUUUUCUAUCGUGCCAAUUGGUUUUUAGCCUUUUUUGAUAUGGGGGACUAGUUGAAGACUACUUACUUUUGCCAAUACCUUAAUUUUUAUGACAUUUGAUAACUUCUUUUAGUUUAAUAGGGGUUGGGGAUUUGACCCACAAACAUCAUAGUCGCUCGAUGCUAGUUGCGCUAUGUGCACUUUAGCGAUAAUGCUUACUAGUUUUUCGGGUGGAGGAUGGGAGGUGGGGUUCUCUUGCUGUGAAGUUCUGUUUGGUGUGGGUGCUCAAUGCUAAUAAGUAUUGAGAUUUUCGUGGGGCAGUAGCUUUUGUAGAUCAUGAUAAUAGGCGUCCCAUUUAUCUCUCAACUUUUGAAAAAUUUCUUUAUAUUCCAGCCCUGAUUUUCUCUUGUUUGAAUGUUUCAAUGACUUAGCAUUUAUAUUUUCACAUCUUGUAUUGGAUAAAUGUUUUGAGUGUGGAGUAUUACCUAUAAUAGAUUUUGAGGCAGGGAAGAAGUAUACAAGAAAAGAAACAGAUAACUGAGUACUGCCCCAGAUGCAAUCUUUCUUGCUUAAUGCUCUUUCGUCUGUUGUCUGGCAAUGCCACCAUUGUAAAGCUACAAACAUGGGUGAAGAAAAUAACUCAAGUUCAGAAUCCGUCUCAAAUCCUCAAGUUAUGUAUCGUUGUAAGAAGUGUCGUAGAAUUGUUGCCACGCAGGAGAGUAUCGUCACCCACGAACGAGGAAAAGGUGAAUCGUGCUUCAAGUGGAAUAAGAGAAGUGGUAACUCACGAGGAAUAGAGAUCAAGCCAGCUGAUUGCACCUCCAUAUUUGUUGAACCAAUGAAAUGGAUGGAAACCUUGCAAGAUGGGCAUGUUGAAGAGAAACUUGUGUGUAUUGGAUGCAAAGCUCGUUUGGGUUCUUUCAACUGGGCUGGAAUGCAGUGUAGCUGCGGAGCUUGGGUAAAUCCUGCUUUUCAACUUCACAAAAGCAGAUUAGAUGAAUGCCUCAUGUGAAUAAAGUAUAAACUAGAGAGAAUAAAGUUAACUUGCUAGUUGUUGGUAUAGGUCUUCUAAAGGGCUCUUGCUUCUUUUCUUUUCCUAGAACUAGAAAUCUAGCAAACUUGAUUUAGCAGAAUAUUGAAAAGUUCAAUAUUUAGUAAUUGGAAAACAGAAUCGGAAGUUUGGAUUGUGGAAUAGUGAAUACUGAUUAUGGGAAAGGUAAUUUUGGAUCUAAGAUCAAUGAGAAUCAACACGGAUGGCCUACGGGUUUCAACCGAUCAUUUGGAUAUUAGAAAAGAAACAA